GUUGCCGGGUCUUGGCAGCCACUCUCCAGCAUCGCCUUGCACGCUGAGUCUCGUCGUCCCGCCUCUUAGCCACGGGAUGCGACUUAGAAUGGCCUAGAAAAUGCUGGCCGUGGACUGGGGCUGCUGAUGUUGCCCUUUGUCCGGUGGAUCCCUCCUUCCAUUGCCACUAGGAGGAGGGAGGAGCAGCUGCAGACAGGGCUGAUGGAGAGGGAUGAAUGGCACCUGUGGUGAGCCACUUACUUUUUUCCCCUACCCUGACUCUAUUUAAAGGCUUCCCCUGCGCCUGUCACCUCUGCGUCCCUUUCCCUUGCCCAAGUCAUAUAAAGCAACCCCCACGGUCGUUCCACGAACCUCUACCUACUUUCGCUUCAUCUUCUCGCUUCAAGACACUCGCUAGUCUACCGAUCGCCUCCGCAACGAUCCACUCAAUCUACCCGGUCAAUCAGAUCUAGACUACCACUCGCUAGCAAGAUGCGUUCUUCUAUCCUCCUCGUUGCUUUCGCGGCUUUCGCUGCUGCCCAGUCUUCUGUUGCGGUUCCCCAGGGUGAGCCCUCCGCUGCUGUCACCUCGACUCCUGUCAUCCCCACCCAGGGAUCCCUGCCUGCUGGAGCCUCUAGCAUCGUCGUCGGCUCUAGCGGUGUUCCUUCUUCCCUCGUGAGGUCGAAGAGCGCUUCUGCCACCACCUCCACCAAGACCUCCACCAAGACUUCCAGCUCCGACUCCUCCACCUCGACUGGUAGCUCAUCGAGCAAGAGCUCCAGCACCAGCACUUCCUCUGGUGCUGGUGUUCCUCUCGCCACCGCCGGCCCCGUCGGUCUGUCCGUCGUGGCUGGUGCUGCUCUCGCUGCUUUCCUGUAAAUGGAGAGGGCGAUCUUCCUACCUGCGCCUUGAUGGAGUUGAGUCUCGACCGUCUCGAACCCAGUCUCCUGGGAAAUAUCUGAUACCCAUGGCGAUCGAACUUUCCAUUUGGGCCGCAGGAAGCGUGGUGCUAUGAUGUGAAGGGGAUGGGUAUUUUACAGUUUUCUUCUGACAUAUGUAACAUUGCUGGGAAGGAUUUUCUUUCCUGUUCUUCCUUUCAACGUUCACCGCUUGUUCACAAAAGAUGCAUAACGCGGCGCACAUACGAGUUCUCUUCUUUAGUAAUUUUUAAUCGCUUAAUGAGGACAUGGUAAAUACACUGAGAAUUCGCUGCGAGCCCAUCUUAACUUUAAGCUUAUACAUCCGUAAAUAUAUGGUAGUAUAGUGUUACUGUGUCACUGUCAGGUUCGGUCCAACGGUGUAGAAGGUGGGUUUGGCGAUAGGGCUCCUGGACCCCACGAUGUUAAUGG